AUGACGGUACCAUACGAACAAAAGAUCCGGUCUCAAACACCAGCUACAAAAUCGCGAGCCAUCCCUCGUAUCUCACUUCAUGACUACGAGGCUCGAAAGUCAAUCAUUCAAGCCCAAAUUAUCGAGGCUGCCGAAAACAGCGGUUUCUUCAUACUUGUGAACCAAGCCUCGCCCUCUGUUUCUGAAAUUGAAGAGGUUUUUGAUUUAACGCAAUCCUUCUUUGCUCUCCCAGAGUCAAUCAAAGCCGAAACUUCGUUCAUCCGUACCGAAAAUGCUGGCUGGGAAAGCAAAUCCCAAAUUCGACCUUCUACUGGUCUCCCCGAUCAGAAGGAGUCCCUAUCGCUCCAGUACCAUCGUCGUCACUCAGGUCUAUGGCCCUCUCACCCGGCCCUCCCAGAUGAAUUUCACCCCAAGAUCUCCGAAUUCAUGGUCAAAUCCCACAACCUCGGUAUGCAGAUUCUCUCUUGCUUCGCCCUCGCUCUUGGCUUCCCCGAGGACUUUUUCUCGAAAGCACAUGUUAUGAAUGUAGACGACGCACAGUCCACACUGCGCCUCCUGCACUAUCAUGACAUCACCGGGUCUCAGUUCCCCCCUAGCUACUGGCGUGCAGGAGCACAUACGGAUUAUGACUGCCUGACUAUGCUGUAUCAGCGCACAGGCGAGGAUGGACUAGAGAUAUGCCCUGGCAGAGAAGCACACACGAGUUUCGGCAUGGGGGAUCAAUGGACACCGGUGAAAGCAAAGACGGGAGAAAUCGUCUGCAACAUCGGAGAUAUGUUGAUGGCAUGGAGUGAUGAUAGAUUCAAGAGUUUGUUUCACAGGGUGAGGUGUCCCAGUGUGGGGGAGAAUCAACGGUCGAGGUACAGCCUUGCGUACUUCAACCAGGCAAACAAGAAUGUGGAGAUUCAGGGACCAUUAGGAAAGUAUCCCGCAAUGACAGCGCACAAAUACCUUAUGGAUGCCAUCAAGCGGAACUACGGACAGUUGGAGAAAAUGAAGGCUACUCAGAAUGGGACAUCUGCUUAG